CAGCGUAGUGCCACGGUUGUGCUCUCGUGAAAACGGAUCCCAGCAAAAGUCAAAAGCAUCAGCUCUUGUUCUAUUGUAGUGUAUAGUUCCAGAUAUAGCAAGCAGCAAAUAUACAAAUACACACAUACGCAAACAUCCAUUAUAGCAGCACUCAUAUUCACCAACCCCUGCCGUACGGUAUAUAGUGCAAAAAGGAAGAAGAAAGUUUUUUGUUCCGUUCGUUUCGGUGAAAGAGCAAAAGAGAAAGACGAAACCAAAAUUGAUUUUUUCUGCCUGGAAAUUUCUUCGGCUGCUGCUACGAGAGUUGUACGUUCAACGUAGAUCCAUCAAAAGUUAAUUGGUAUCCAAGUUUCGCACAAGGUUUUAGUGACCGUCGUCGUUUCGAGAGGUAGUGUGCAUUUGUUUGUUUUUGGUGACACUUUUGGAGUCGAUAUAAAAUAAGAAACGAGAUCGCGAAGUUCUAGUGACGCUUUUUGUCGCCGUGACCGAUCAGUAACAUCGCCAAAUUUGGAAGUGAAAAAUAGAGAGUGUGCGAUAGUGAGUCUGCACGCCCUCGAAGAAAAUAUUUUGUGUGUGAAAACAAGUUAAAAGAACAGCCUCAAAAUUACGACUUCAAUCAUGACCAACAAAGUGCUAGCAGCCGUACAAGAUCUACAAAAACAAAAUGGCGAACCGCAGAAUACCGCUGCAGCGGCGUCCGGGUCGGAGAGCGCUCGGACGAACCUAAUUGUCAACUAUCUACCCCAGACUAUGACCGAGGAGGAGAUCCGGUCACUGUUCUCGAGCGUGGGUGAGGUUGAAAGCGUGAAGCUAGUGCGCGACAAGAAUGUAAUCUACCCGGGUCAACCGAAGGGGCAAAGCUUAGGAUAUGGCUUUGUGAACUUCCACCGGUCACAGGAUGCCGAACAGGCCGUGAGUGUGUUGAAUGGGCUACGCUUGCAGAAUAAAGUGUUGAAAGUGUCAUUUGCCAGACCCAGCUCGGAAGGAAUCAAGGGAGCUAAUCUUUACAUUUCCGGACUGCCCAAAACCAUCACCCAAGAGGAACUGGAAGUGAUCUUCAGACCGUUUGGCGAAAUUAUCACCAGCCGUGUGUUGGUUCAGGAGGGAAAUGACAAACCGAAAGGUGUUGGAUUUAUUCGUUACGAUCAACGCAAGGAGGCCGAGCGGGCUAUUGCCGCUUUGAAUGGAACGACCCCGAAAGGAUUAACCGAUCCCAUUACGGUGAAAUUCUCGAAUACUCCUGGACAGAAUACGGCUGCCAAGAUUGUGCAACCUGCUUUGCCAACUUUCCUGAACCCACAGUUGACCCGCCGGUUGGGAGCUAUUCACCAUCCAAUCAACAAGGGAUUGGCCCGCUUUUCGCCGAUGGGAGGAGAAGUUUUGGAUAUGAUGCUGCCGACUGCACCGACUACUGGAAUCGGCGCAAUCGCUCCGUCCGGUGGUUGGAGCAUUUUCAUCUACAACCUGGCACCAGAAACUGAGGAGAACACCCUGUGGCAACUGUUUGGCCCGUUCGGUGCCGUGCAGAAUGUCAAAGUCAUCAAGGAUUCCGCUACCAAUCAAUGCAAAGGAUACGGCUUCGUCACGAUGACCAACUACGAGGAGGCCAUGCUGGCGAUCCGAUCUCUCAACGGAUACACCCUGGGCCAGCGGGUGUUACAAGUCAGCUUUAAAACCAACAAAGCAAACGCCGAUAUGGCCGAUCAUUAAAAAGAAAGAAAACAAUUGCAAUUGAGAAAAGGGAGAACGUAUCAAACACUUCGAACCGACACCCUCCCUCCGAAAGUUAAUCAAACUCCCCCGCAAGACGAGUACUGAUGGUGCAAUAUAUUCCACAUACAACUAUACUACACACAACUACAACCGCACGCAGCGAUCUAAAAACACACAGAGAGUGGAAAAAGUACACGGCUUCGCGCGAGGGGUGCGAUUUUCGAGCAUGUUGCCGAGUGCAGGGUGGCGUCGCGAGUGAGUUUGAUAUUUUCCAGCCUUUUUCUCAUUUCGAAACGUGUGCGCAUGCGGAAGAUCAAAGCCAGCCGUGAAAAUCACAACCCCCUUCAACCUGAAUGAAUGAUGAGAGGCAAAAAACUUCACACAGAAAAUCCGCAUUCGAAGCGGAACAGAGCGAGACAGCCCAGAAAUAGGCGAAAAAAUCAAGUAUGUGUGCAUUUCCCAUUUUUUUUAAUUCUAUUUUAACUAUGAUAGUCACUUUUUUAAGUAAUCACACACAUCUCAACUCGCUCUUAUUAUAUAGUUAGGCUAGGCACUAAUCAUAAAUCGGCUCGAAGAAGAAGAGGAAGAGAGUCACUUUCGACUCGAGAAACUAUUAUUUUCAAACUUAGCAAGCAUGGCGCAUACAUUUUAAUUUUUGUCAGCAGCAUGGGUUGCUGCGCGCCGUUUUGUGUAUUUGUGCACACGCUUCCAUCCAUCAGAGUCUGAGAUUAAUUAGCGACUUCUCGUGUACUCUUGUUUUCUCUAUAUUUCCAAAGUCUAUUUACACGAAAUGCGCAGCUGGAAAAGUGAUGAUGAUGAUAAUGUGCGAUGAGAUCAGUCCCAGAGGCUGAGGAUCCUAAUAUUCGUUCGGAAUAAUGUGUAGCGAGAAAAAAGCAAACGUGUAAAUUGGAACACACUUGUGUGUGCUGCAACUUGGACGUCUUCAACACGCCGUUUCCCGAGAUCGAUGUGAAACGAACAACUUUUGAGACUUUGUGUUCGACACUUUUGAGAGGCUUCCCUGUGGAAGGAGGAGGCUAUAGACAGUUAACGUAACUUUUUUUUUUUUGCUGUGUGUGGAGAGGAAGCGAAAAGUGAGCUUUACUACAACAAGAACAAAUGGCUUAUUAGCUCUAACGUUGAUGACGAAAACGACGAUCAAUAAGUAACUACUAACCGGCUGACAGGAAACCACUGUCGGCCAAAGCUAAAAACUGAAAGAAACACGAAAAUCUAGUCAAAAGAAAAAGAAACUUUUACAACAAAACAUAGUAGGCAGAAUAGGUUCUUUUACGCGUUAGUCUUAAAUGUCCCCCUUCAAAUAAAAAUAUGUAACCAGAAGGAACUACAGUGGAAAACAUAUAUAUGUAAAUGGAGAAUUGUGUAUUUUCGUGAGAUGUGAAAUGAAAGUGGUACUACUGCAAUAUUUGUCAAAACGGAAACGGAAAGGAAAAUCUAUCUGACACCACAUGUUUUAUUUCAUCACACAUACACACACGAUCCGAAAAAAAAGCUACGACGGCAACGCAUGAUACAAGAUAGUAAGAUUAAAUUAAUAUUUUAGGAAAAUUUUAUUUAUUUUUACAACUUAUUUAUUGACAAAGGCUUCGAGGCAAGCUGAAAUAAAAAAAAAAAUAAACUUUGCUAUCAACAGACGGAAAGCAAAUAAUGAAGAAAUCAACCUGUAAAUGGAAGAUAAACCUAACACACGAAAGGAUCUCAUUUUAGUGUAAAACAAACAAGUGCAAAACUUGGGUAAAUUAUUGAGAAAAGCAAAAGGAAAGAAAUGUUAGAGGCAAACCCCCUUAAAAAAAGCCAUUAAUUUAGUUGAAUUGAGCGAGUGAGCCUAUUUAUACAAUGCAGUUACAAACAAACAAAAACCAUAACAUAGAAAGAACGCGCAAAUUGAAAGAGACACAAAACGAACGAUGAAAGAAACGUACUUAGUAAAGAGAAAAAAAAAAAAAUUAAAACAGUGCUGUUUUUUUUUCUUCUACUGUGAAGCAAGUGAAGAUAAAGUAGAAUCACUGUUUUUAGUCCAUGGGGAAAUUACACGACAUGAUUCACACUUGAUUUGUCACUAACAGUUGUGCCGGUUAACGGUUAAAGCGUUGUCCCUAUUUAUUAUUCUCUGGUGACAGCCACACCACCGACGCACUUUUUCUUUCGCAUAAACGUCGGUGUCAAAAAUUACGACAGUGGCAGUGACACAGAUAAAACAAGAAUUUCUUCUCCUCAGCAGUAGCAACUUAGAUUUUUAUACACGAGACACAGAUUCAUCAGUUCACGAGCCAGAACCCACCAUUGAGCGCGAUUUUUUGUGUGUGUCUUUGUUCGAGACCUUGAAAGAACAAAAUUGGUACUAAACUUGUUGAGCAACUUUGAACGAAUGUUUGCCAAGUCUAUAUUGGAAGAGCCGAGGGUAGAAUUGUUUUUUUUUUUGUAAUAGCCACAGAUACAUUAGUCGAAAAGUAUUAAGCCUGAUAAGAAAGGUACAUUAAUCGUAAUGAUAAAAGAAAACAAAAAAUAUUAAAUGGAUAACUAUUGGAAUGAGCAACAAAACAAGCAUAAUAAUGUCGCACAGUAAUUUUUAAGAUGAUCGUAAGACAAGUUAUUGAUAUACACAAAUUCAGCUCCUUUAUUGAUACCGGACAUCCUACGACAAGAAAAAACAAAACCAAGAAAAACAAUGUUGCAUAGAAACAGAAAUACUCCCCCAUCCCAUUUCUCACAGGAAUAUAUUGAUAUUAUAUAUAGUGCAAAAAGUGAGAGACCGAGAAUAGUGACAUAGACAGAGAUUUGACAUGUCAAACUUUCUUUUGUUGUUUAAAUUUUAUGGUUUUUCUACUUUAUUUUCGCCCUGGAUUCGAUUUUCGUUCUGAAGAGUUCCCUGAGCGGAAAGAAAAAAUUACAACCAAUUCCACUUUGCUCUUUUCUUCAGUGUAGUGGUUCCAUGUGUUUUCACGCAUUUACAACAAAUCUCAUUUGUGAUUUCUAGUCCAAGCUAAUAGCCGCAGCCGAGGCUGCCACUUAGCGCCAAUCGUAACAACUUUCCAUGGAACUGCUUCUGCUGGUAGGAAAGGAGGAAAAACGAAGAAAAUACAACACCCGAAUCUAUUCCAUACAACUGUGAUACAAGCAAAACAAGAAAAACCUACUUUUAAGAAAGACAACAAAAACGCAAAAUUGCAAGCAAGAAUGUGUUGACACCCAAGUGCGCAUACAUCUUUUAUUCCCGCAGAGUUCAGAAAGAAGCGACGCGUCGUAUUCGCACUUGGCUGUGCCGUGUUCAGUAUUUUUAGUUCUCGUUGAAAUUUCUGUUUCUCUGAUCUUCUUACUGACUGCAUAUAAACAAUUCGACGGUCGCUCGGGAUGGAGCACAAACAAGCAAAGGCCACCAUCCUGAGAUCCCGCAGCAUUCGACAUUCGACCGCGGCGGCUCUUUUGUCAGCGCGAAACGCAUUCUUACUGCUCUGAUAUGUUUUCAGUUCAGUUCUUAGGUUCUUUUUCUUCUUUUAUUCUCUCUCGAUUUAUACGUUUUAUUUCCGUUUGUUUUGGUUUCUUUCGUUUGCAGUUUUCUUAAUUUUGAUUAGUCGAGUUUCAACCGAACAGGUUCCGGUUUAUUCCAAUUGGAUUACAAAAAAAAAAUGAAAUCAUUAUUUGCUUUGAAUUCAGUAUUCCGAAAAAAAAAAACAAAAUAAGAAAAUCACAUUGACAAGUCUGUUUACUUUCCAAAUAUCUGAUUUAUGGUUUGCUUUGUUCUUAUACUUUUGAGUUUUAGCGAAAAACACACACACGCACACAUACACACGUACAUAGAAGCGAAAAACACGUGCGAAUUUCUUGUGCAACUGACAGGUGUAGUUUUCUUUUUCUUUUCAUUAUAAUUUCGUUUCGAUGGCACAGACUCACGCAAAUAACGCAGCACGUCGGCGUGCGUACAAGAUCGGAGUAAGCCAUGCCCCGUAGGCAGGCAGUGUGCAAAAUUCAGACAAAAAUAAACGCCCAAAUGUCAAAUCGAAUAGUGCCGCGCGUCGUUUUCUGUGGAAUUUUGGGUACUGCUUAUGGUUUUUUUUUCUCUCUUGUGUUAUUAUUUUUCAGUUUUAGUUAAUUGUUGUUUUCGUCUUCUUCAGUUUUUAGCCCGUAUUAUUAGUUUUAGUAGAUUUUAUUUUGCCUGCUCCGUCGCGGGACGGGGGGUGAUGUGUUUUGCAUUGCAUUUUACUACGGGCGAGAGUUGCAUUACUUAUAAGUUGUGUACCUGUGGGUUCACGUUUUAUUUUAUCGCAUGAUUUAUUAUCCUUUUUUAGCGUAAUAAUUUUAUGUUUUAUGUUUAUUAUUUCUUUUAAUUUCUCUUUUCUUUCUUGUGUUUUUUUUCUUUUCUUUAUUUUUAGGAUUUAUGUUAGAAAGAAUUGAGAGUGAUGUGUGCAAUAGGAUGUGACUAUGUUUUAUUUCUUCCCUUCUUCUCACCUUAUCUUAUCCACUAUUAUUCUUGCUUUUGCUUAGAUUUUAAUAUAAAGAAGAAAGCUAAACCCUAGAUUAUCUAUAUAGCGAGUACGGACAGAGAAAUACACUAUUUAUUUAAACAGAUUUUCAUACUUAUUUAAAACGUUUAGUAUUUUAAGCAUAGUUUCAUCAUAAUUUAAAGUAUUCACCAAUGAUUGUAAAAAACCGAAAAGAAAUCUGACUUCUUCGAAGCUUUUUAGUUGCAAGAGUUUGGCAGUUUCACAAGCAAGCGCAGCAUACUCUGUUUGUUUGAGUAUUUAUUUAACAGUGAAGCGUGAACACCCUUUCGUUUAGUUCCUUACUAAUUAAAAAAACAAAAACAAAAGAAAUGGGGUCGAAUAUUGGAAGGCAGCAGUCGAGAAUCCAACAAACUGAAACGGAAACGAAAGCAAAACAUUUGGAACCAAAAAGUACAAAGGAAAAAAAAAACCGUUGAGUGAAAAAAGUGAGGCUAGGCAUUCCCGAAACCAUAUGAAUUUUAUCUAUAAACAUUUUGUUGGAUUGUCACUGCUCUGUAAAACUGAACAAAAGUGAUUUUUACAAACGUGUAACAUGUAAGCAAAAAUUCACAAAAGCUAAAAAAACAAACCUGUAUCACCAAAACCACCACCACUACGUUCUAUCUAGCAAAGUAGAGUGAUUUUAGUUGAAUUCAGAAUUCAGUUUCUCUCACCACGAUGUUUGUUUGUUCUAUUUUUAUUUUCCUUUUCACUAUGGAAGCAAUGUUUCAAACAUUUGUGCAACACUGUUCUUACUGUAAAGAAGAAAAACCACCUUAAAGAGGAAAUUGAAACGACUCUCAAAACAAAACAUUUUGAAUGAUAUGUAACAAAAUGCAAAACUGGAAGCCUGACGGCAGGAAAACAAAAAAAAAACAAGGAAUCACAUUACGUAGCUUGUGUUGGUAUUUCCUCUUAUCUCAUUUGUGUUAGUUUCAUUGAAAAAUUAAAUGAAGUCAAAUAUGAAAAAAAAACUGAAACAUUUCAGCCGGCUACCAGGCAGGGCAGAAACAGCAAUGGCAUAAUAUUGAUAGAAACAUCAACUGAAAUUACAGCUUUGAGUUAUCAUUAUUUAUAUAUUCGAAUUAAUCAAUGUAUAAUUUCGUUUUCCCGAAUAUGUUCUUGUGUACAUACGAAAAAUUAUAAAGAAAAUCAAUUAUUAAAAUAGUAAAAGAAAAUAUGGAAUACAAUAAAAACUUAUAAUUUAA